ACAUGUAACCAAGAAAUAUGAACAUGGGAAAACGAUCCUUGGAGGAAAUGACGACAUCGAACAACGACGACACUACGAAGAUGAAGGAUACAAGCAACAAGAGCAGCGACGGCGACGGCGACCCAAUGGUGCGUAGCAAGACAAUAUGUGCGACGAUCCAAAAAGCGAAUCGAAUCGAAUCGGAUUGCACAAAUUCUUGCCUGAGAAUUGACUUGCCGGCCUCGUCAAGCAAUGUUUGUCCGCACCACAAUAAUUGUUUGUCGUCUGUCGAUAUCGUGCAUUUGCGGAUGUGCCAUGGAUCAAUUGCAACGAAACGAGAGGAAGCGUACGAUGUUUAGCGUUUUCUAGUUCGCUCAUUGAUUUUUGACCAUAAAGUUCAUUACAACAGACACUCACUUUCAUUGUCAUCCGAUGAUUGUUUGCGCUGGCAAUCCCUUCUCGUCCUCUCUUUGCGCAAAACUCAAACCAAUUCCAAAAAAUCCAAUCGAUCGAACGAUCAACGCGCCAAUCAACAAAAACGAAAACAACAACAACAACUCCUGACAUUGUACUCCAACGCAACACAGGACGUGGACGACCAAAAAGCGCCACCUCCGGCAUCGAAACUGACCAUUCCCCCACGUGGAUCCCUGGACACCCUGCUGAACCGGCCCUCUCCCUUUGCCAACGAGGAGGGGGCACUGCCGAUCGGCGAGUUCGAGCCCACGGAGAACAAGGCUUCCGCACUCCUUUCGAACGCAAGGGUUUUGGUGGUUGGAGCCGGCGGGCUGGGCUGCGAGUUGCUGAAGGACCUGGCCAUGUCGGGGAGAUUCCGAGACGUCCACGUCAUAGAUCUCGAUACCAUCGACGUGACCAACCUCAACCGACAAUUCCUGUUCCGCCAGAAGGACGUGGGCUCGUCCAAGGCGGAGGUUGCGGCGGCCUUUAUCAACGAAAGGUGCCCCUGGAUGAACGUCCAGGCCCACCACGGGAUGAUCCAGGACAAGGACCCGUCCUUUUACGCGGGAUUCAACGUCAUAUUGUCGGGGCUCGACAACGUGGAGGCACGCCGCUGGCUCAACUCCACCGUGGUGGGCCUGGUGGAGGUCGACGAAGACGGGGACCCGACGGACCCGGAAUCGAUCGUCCCCAUCAUCGACGGGGGGACGGAGGGAUUCUCGGGCCAGGCCCGCGUGAUCCUGCCGCGGAUCACGAGCUGCUUCGAGUGCUCGCUGGACGCCUUUCCCCCGCAAAAGAACUUUCCGCUCUGCACGAUCGCGGAGACGCCGCGGAAGCCCGAGCACUGCAUCGCCUACGCGUCGAUCCUGCUGUGGCCGAAGGAAUUCCCCGACAAGAAGCUGGACAAGGACAGCCCGGAGGACAUGAAAUGGGUCUACGAGCGGGCCCUCGAGCGGGCCACCAGGUACAACAUCGAGGGCGUGACCUACAUGCUGACCAUGGGGGUCGUCAAGAACAUCAUCCCCGCCGUGGCAAGCACGAACGCCAUCGUCUCGGCGGCCUGCGUCCUGGAGGCGGUCAAGAUCCUCACCUUUUGCUCCCAGACGCUCAACACGUACAUGAUGUACAUGGGGUCCGAGGGCGUCUACAGCCACUCCUUCGUGUACGAGCGCAAGGACGACUGCCCCGUGUGCACCUCCAAGGUCCGGACCGUGACCGUGUCGCGCCGCACGACGCUCAACGAGCUCCUGCAAAAGCUCUGCGAGAACAACGGCUCCGGGAGCCUCAACCUCCGGCUAAAGGCCCCGAGCAUGACGACGGCGGGGAAGCUCCUGUACAUGCAAAAGCCCCCGGCGCUGAACGCCUCGACAAAGCCCAACCUCGACAAGGCCCUCUCGGAGCUCGUCGCCGAGGGAGAAGAAAUCGCGGUCACGGACCCGGUCCUGCAGCACACCCACCUGUCGCUGGCCAUCGCGUUCGAGCCGGAGUGAGCGGUGCGGGAACGAGGACAGGCGCGGCGUGGCGUGGCACGGCGCACUGCACUGCACUGCGGUGUGGUGUGGUGUGGUGUGGUCUAGUGAUGUGUGGCGGGACCAUUGGCAAAAAAGAGUUCAACUAGCA